AUUGAUAAAUGCUUGUUUUUAAUGAUAACUAUUAUUAUUCCGUACGAUAAUUUUCGGAUCUAUGAUAAUAGUUGUGUUUGUUUUUUUUUUUUUCAUGUAAACCGAGUGUAAUUUUCGUACAAAUUAAUAUAAUAUCAUAAUAAGUAGGUGUGAAUAAAAUUAAAUUGUUCAAUUUUAUUUAAAUAACUAUGAGCCUAAAGUUGUAAACAUUAUAUUUCUCUGUUUAGAUAAGUUGAAUGAAUUCAGUUGACUGAUUUUUUAAAAACAGUUUUAUUAUUAUGCCACCCAAAAAGAACUCAAACGCUAAGGGUCCUAAAACCAGUUCAAAAGCCGACGACGAAGGCAAAGGGAAAGAAAAAAAAGGAGGUUCGGCCGUAAAAGUGAGCUUAAAAUUAGACAACACUUAGUAACUGAAUACGAUCUACACAUAAUGCUAUUGUAGGUUUAAUUUUGAUAAACCGACUAAUGCAACAGAAAUUAUAAAUAUAAUAGAUAAAUACUGGGUAUGCUAUAAGAUUUCAAAAAAAUGAAGUUAAAAUACCGAUAUCCAAAAGUAUUUGGUUCUGGUAUGUAUUAUUGCCUAAUUUAUAGAUAAUUUGCUUUGACUCAAUAUUAAUUAUAAUAUUUAACUGAUAGAGUCUAAAAGAGAGUCUGAUCCUAAUAAAAUUGUACAUUUUGUUGCAUAAUUUUUGUUUUGUUUUGAUAACAAUUUACAUAUGAUAAAACUGUUUGUUAUUUUAAGAUACAAUUAAGACUCAUUGGAAAUGAUAAUACUAUAAUAUUAUAAAGCAAUUGUUUUGAUAUUCUGAAAUAGCCUACUCGUCUAGACUUGAUUACUGUAACGUAUCAAAUAAUUAAUUUUGAUUGUAUUGUGGCCAGCAUCUGUCUCUAAAGAAAAAUAUAUUUAUCAUUGCACUACUUACAUGUACAAAAUGUUGUUUAGGUCAGACACAUUCUGUGUGAAAAACAGUCGAAAGUUUUAGAAGCCUUAGAAAAAAUCAAAGCUGGUGCAAAAUUCAAUGAAAUUGCUGCACUGUAUAGUGAAGACAAAGCCAGAUCAGGUGUAAGUUAUUGUAAAUUAAUAUUAUUCGUUUUUUUUUAUAUGUAGGUAUAUGCAAGAUGUGCAAGUUAUGUCUAUGUUUAUAGUAAGUUAAGUCCGGAUUUAUAUUCUCUCCAAAUAAUAUGAUGUUUAUAUUAUCCUACGAAAUGCAUACAUAUUUGUACAUGAAUUAUAAUAUAUUUUCUAAACAUCAACAUUAUGCACUAAUAAACAAAAAAAUUUGUUUUUUAAUUCACGGCACUCUAAAUUAUGGACGUAUCUUACUCUAGUAGUUGUGCAUACAUCCUAUAAAAACAUGUGUUUAUAUUUAAAUCAGGAUUCUAAUAAAUGAUAUAAGGAUUUUAAAAUGUGUUUUAUUUCUAUAUCAUUUUAUUAAUAAUUAAUGGAAUUAAAAACAAAUAAUUUAAACUAGUAUAUUUUUAGUAGAAUGUUCAGAUUAACACCACGUCUCAUAAGCUAUAGUACUAAAUGAAAAUUUCCAAAAAAAACAAUUUGCAUAUUUUUACAAUUUUUACUUUUUCUUGAAAAUCCUUUGAAUUGGUUCCUAAACAAAUAGCUUCUGUUAGAUCUACUACACAGAAGUUUUUAUAUUCUCUUUCAUAUUUUUAUGAACUAUUAAGACUCUGUUAAUGUGCAAAUACUCCAUUAUUGUGUUUAAUGUCAGGAAAGUAUUAAUAUAAAUUGUAUUUUUAAUAAUAAUAAUAUUUUAUUAUGGUCGUUAAAAUUUAAUGUUUUAAUAAUUUAAUAACUACUUUACUUAUUUUAAUAAUUUCAGGGAGAUUUAGGCUGGAUGAUUCGUGGUUCUAUGGUUGGUCCAUUUCAAGAUGCUGCAUUUGCAUUGCCAGUGUCUAGUUUGGGCAAUCCCGUUUACACAGACCCACCUGUAAAAACAAAAUUUGGCUAUCACAUUAUAAUGAUUGAAGGGAAAAAGUGAUUUUUUUGUUAUUUAUGUAUAUUUAAAUGUCAAUCAAUUACAUUAAUUACAAAUAAUUGUUUUUAAAUGAAAAAUAAAAAUGUCUUUAAUAGUUGUAUAACUAAGUCAGUUACCGAUUUACUGGUACUGUCAUUUUUAUAUCAAUAUUUUGUAUUAUAUCUAUAACUCAUUUUUAUUUUCUUUAAAUAUAUUUUCCUUAGUGUUUUGCCUUGUGCAUGAUUAAAUUUAUCUUUGUGAAGUUAACAGUUGUCCUUCUAUGCCUUUGCUUUUAUUCCACAAAAACUAUCCUUUUUUUUCUUCUGUGAAUUCCUAGUAUUUUAUUAUUUUUGUACUCAAUACUCUUGAUUUUAGUUAUUCAAAUGAAGCAGUAGAUGUACUAAUUUUACAAUGAUGUGUAGAGGUGGGAUUUAUAUUCUCUUAAAA